CCACAUCACACACCAGUCAUGCGUGGUCAAUCGGCCAUGAUACGGUCAACACUGGCAUUAAGGCCCAGGUUACGGCCUCGAUUCGUCUGCCGGCAAUGCCGUGCGAUCCAGAUCUCGGCUGCGCCCUCUACCAUCACUCCCAAACAUAGCGGGGAUUUACUGGGAGCUCCCGGCCAGGCCCAUACGAAGAGAGAUACUGCGGACGCCAGCUUCGAAGUUCUCGGAUCGCCGUACUCGCUCCUCUCCGUCAGCCUCUCGCCUUCCCAGAAGCUCUACACAAGAAGAGGUACCCUGGUCUCCGUUGCCGGCAAAGUAGAAAAUGCCCAAUCAACGCUAUCUCUCCUCUCGCCCCUCCGCCGCGCCCUCCUCGGCGUUCCGUUCCUCUAUCAGCGCAUAACAUCCACGACCCCCAUAACCGCACUGAUCGGAACCGCCUCCCCCAACACCACCUUUUCGAUCCUUCACCUCGAUGGCACGACCGACUGGAUGGUCACUCAGCGCAACGCGCUCCUCGCAUGGACCGGCCACACCCUCGUCCCUUCUCCCCGCAUCCAGCGCGGCCUGUCGCUUGCGCACUGGGGAAGCACACACCUGACGGGUAGGGGCUUGGCUGCGCUCUCAAGUCCGGGACAAGUAUACCAGGUGUCGCUGGCCGAGGGCGAGGAGAUAGUGCUGCACCCAAGCCACGUAACGGCGUAUUCGAUCAACAAGAACCCGCCGCUGCCGUUCCGACUGCGCAGCGUCAGCCCGCUGAGGGUACAAAUCCCCGCCCUCCCGGCCUCGAUGACCAACUACAUGACCACCCUGGUACCGAACCGCCUAUCAAACUUCAUGACCGCGAUGCGCAACACAGACUUGUACAAGACAAUCGCCCGCGCUCUCUUUGGCCUCAGGACAGCGAUGAGGAGAUCCAUCCGCGGCGAUCGGCUCUUCUUGCAGUUCCGCGGCCCUGCAACGAUUCUGAUGUCGAGCAGGGGUGUGCGCGUAACUGAUGUGUUGACCAACGACGACGUCAACGAGAUUGCCGACAGCGAGGCUGGCGUGGCCGCUCGCGCGGUCGAGCUGGCCACGAAGCCCGAGCCCACUAUGGAAGCGCCCGAAGUUACGCGCGGCAAGAUUACCGGCAUUCAUGUCGCGAGUGUCGGCAAGGAUGGCAAGGUCAAGUUUGAGGACGCCAAGGGUCUGAACGAUUUUGUUGGUUAG